AUGGCGAUCCUUCUUGCACCCUACAACCCUUCGAUGCAGCUGGGCUCUGGCUUCAACUCCUUCACGCAACAGCUCUGUAUCAACAACGCCGUCAUGCGGGGCCCAACCGUCGAAGCAAAUGCAGAGAAAACUUUCAAGGGUCAAGCUCCGGAGAUCACGUACAAGACCUCGGUCAUUGAAAAAGUGACUGACAUAACCAGUGCCAUGGACAUCAACCCUGCAUUCUCCAUCAAGUAUGACACCUUCGAUGCAAAGGGAAAGGGGGACUUCAUCAACAUCUCAAAGGUCAAAGAAAGCGAUAUUAGCUUCUUGGUGUCUAUUACAGUUGUCAACGAGGUGGUGGAAGAUUAUUCCCUCACCAAGUUCGACCAUAUUCCCGACGUCAAGCCUGAGCACUUUGCCGAGGUGUACGGCGAUAGCUUCAUCUCUGGAUUUCAAGAGGGUGGCGAAUUCACGGCUGUGAUCUCAAUCAAGGCCAAAGACAGGCAGAAGGCGUCCAUCAUCAAAGCUAGGUGGGUUUCGUCACUAAUGACCGCAAAUUUCUUGGCCAUUUUUAACGGAGGGAAAUACAGUGCUGCGACCUACUUCACCAAGGAGAAGUUUAUCAUGGACGCGGACGGCGAAUCCAAGAUGGACGAUAUGAGUCUCCUCGAAGAGAACGAGACGACCGUAUCGGUGACAUGGACAGGCGGUGGUCGGGAGUUCAAGCGUCGAAUGCUCGACAUAGCCGAAGAUGGUUGGACCUUUGAGACCAUAAGGGCAGCAGCACUCAAGUUCCCAGACUUGGUUGCCCGGACCCCGACGAGGACAAAGGCAAUCCUGACAAAAUACUCGGCCUUGCAAAGCUUCCAGUCCGCCCUCGCCGCCGGCCAGAGCUUUAUGGCCCUGAUCCCGAGCUACGAGAAGGCUGAGGUUUACAUCGCCAUCCUUCAAGAGGCCUACAUCGACUUGAAGAUCAUCGCCAAGAACCUCCAGGUCCUCUCCUUCAAUGUUGAUGCCGGGACGGAGGAGCUCGUCGAGUCGCCCGCAGCCCGCCGGCUGCGCGAGCAAGGUGGCAACGCUCACGGCGCCAAGGGCGAAGACAAGAACCAGGCCGCCGACUCGGACGACGACCUGCCCAUCGUCACCGUCAAAAAGGAUUCCAGCCGCGCAACGAGGCCUUACGAACCCAGCCUCGCGGGGCUCGAGGUGGCGCGUCGGGACGUGCGGGUCAUGCUCAACCGCAUCGUGGCCGAGGUCGACGCCAUCACCCGGAAGCCCGAGCUUGCGGUGGACAAGACCAGGCCGUCUCCUUGUCCCUCCCCGUCCAUGUUCAAGGAGCUGCUGCCCGAGUCGAGGCCUGUCCAGGACAGCGCCGGCGCGUUUGAAGUGAGCAGCAAGACAGCAGGGAUUUGCUGGAAAGGUUAG